UUAACUAACUUCACUCGAUAUUGCAAAUUGAAAGUAUGUAAAAAUGUUGGUAUUGUUUUUAUAACCUCAAUUCAAAAUUAAUUAUUCAGUUUUUUCUUAUUAUCUGUGUUUUUUCUACUUCUAGACUUAUUGUAUUAGUGCAAAUAAACUUCAAAAGCGUCGUCGACUUCGUUCUAAAAUAGAUAUGGAACUUAAAUGUCGAGAAAGUCCAGUAGUAACUAAAUUGUCUUCUCCAGAAUUUCAUAGUAUAUUCACCCCAGAGGUUCAACAAUUAAGAAAUAUUUUUGAUAAACAUAAUUAUGAAAUUAGAAUUGCUGGAGGAGCAGUCAGAGACCUUCUGUUGAAACAAAAACCUACUGACUUAGAUUUCGCUACUGUAGCAACACCUCAGCAAAUGAAAGAUAUGUUUACAGUUGAAAAUAUCAGAAUGAUUAAUAUGAAUGGAGAAAAACAUGGUACCAUUACACCCAGAAUUAAUGACAAAGAAAACUUUGAAGUAACCACCUUAAGGAUAGAUAUGAUCACAGAUGGCCGUCAUGCAGAAGUAGAAUUUACAACAGACUGGAAGUUGGAUGCUAACAGGAGGGAUUUAACAAUAAAUUCAAUGUUUUUAGGGUUUGAUGGUUCUGUAUAUGAUUACUUUUAUGGGUAUGAAGAUUUACAGAACAGGAGAAUUGCAUUUGUUGGUGAUCCUGAUGUUAGAGUCAAAGAAGAUUAUCUGCGAAUAAUGCGAUAUUUCCGUUUUUAUGGCAAAAUUGCACAAUAUCCAGAUCGGCAUGAAGAAGAAACUCUUAAGAUACUCAAAAAUAAUGUAGAUGGUUUACAGAAUAUCUCUGGUGAAAGAAUCUGGGUUGAGCUUAAAAAGACUUUGCAGGGGAAUUUUGCUGGCUAUUUACUAAAAACAAUGAUUGAUGUUGGUGUUGGACCUUUUAUUGGUAUGUUAUAUCAAUGUAAUUACAAUAAUUGUUCUAAAACUUGACUCACAAAUUUCAUAGUUUGAUUUUCUACAGUUUGCAUAAUCAGGUCAUGAUUAUUAUUGCGCAAU